GUUUGCCACGGACUUUGAGCACGGACACGCGGGGGAUGCUCUCGUAGCGUGUGUAUAAAAGCUGGACACCUGUGGAAGCAGUCGCAGGUAGCCCAGGUGGAAUCUCUCGCCCAGGACAAGUCAGGAUUAUCGCGACAGCGUGCAAAAGUUUAACAGAUUAUGGCUCCUCGGCCUGAGCUUGGGAAUGGAACUUCAGAUGGUCACUUAGACCACGAUGGGUCUGGCACGCAGUCUAAGGAUGGGGUGGUUUUACCAGCCUACUCUACGGCUGCACUAGUUGACGAUGUGCAGCAGGAAUCGGGCGACGACCCCUGGGACCUUCCCGCUCUCCAGGACACAGGCAUGAAGUGGUCAGAUUUGGAUACCAAAGGGAAAGUGAUGAGGGUUUUGACAGCGAUUGUGAAGUUCUGUUUAUUACUGGGAUUUCUCUACAUGUUUGUUUGCUCUCUGGAUGUUCUCAGUUCAGCUUUUCAACUUGUUGGAGGGAAGGCAGCCGGGGACAUCUUUCAGGACAACGUGGUGCUAUCCAACCCUGUAGCUGGACUAGUGAUUGGGGUUUUGGUGACAGUCCUUGUACAGAGCUCCAGUACAUCUUCCUCCAUUGUGGUCAGCAUGGUGUCCUCAGGAUUGCUGGAGGUUCGGUCAGCUGUGCCAAUCAUCAUGGGAGCUAACAUUGGCACGUCUGUAACAAACACCAUUGUGGCCAUGAUGCAGGCUGGGGAUCGCAAUGAGUUCCGCAGGGCCUUUGGUGGUGCUACGGUCCACGAUUUCUUCAACUGGCUCUCCGUGCUUGUGCUGCUUCCUCUUGAGGUGGCCACAGGCGUCCUCUACAAACUCACCGAACUCAUCAUUGACUCCUUCAACAUUCAAACUGGCCAAGAUGCCCCCGACAUUCUGAAAGUCAUCACAGAGCCCCUAACCAAAAAUAUCAUUGAGUUGGACAAGUCUGUUAUAAGCGGCAUUGCCACCGGUGACCCUGCUGCGAGGAACAAGAGCUUGGUCAAGAUCUGGUGCAAAACCGAGACCCUGAUAAGUCUUCAAAAUGUGACUGUUCCGGGACCGGAGAACUGCACUGCAGGUGCCUUGUGUUGGGGAGAUGGCAACCAAACAUGGACCCAGAGUAAUGUGUCUGAGAAGAUAAAUCUGGAAAGAUGCAAGCACAUCUUUGCCAGCGCCAACCUGCCAGACCUGGCCGUGGGUCUGAUCCUGCUGGCGCUCUCGCUGCUCAUCUUGUGCACCUGCCUCAUCCUCAUCGUCAAGCUGCUCAACUCCAUGCUGAAGGGACAGGUGGCUGUGGUCAUCAAGAAGGUGCUCAACACAGACUUCCCUUUUCCAUUCGGGUGGGUGACAGGCUACAUCGCCAUCUUAGUUGGAGCUGGAAUGACUUUCAUCGUACAGAGCAGUUCUGUCUUCACGUCCGCCAUCACUCCGCUCGUGGGUAUCGGUGUCAUAAGCAUUGAGAGGGCUUAUCCGCUCACACUGGGCUCAAACUUAGGAACAACAACCACUGCCAUUCUUGCUGCUUUGGCCAGCCCAGGGGACACACUGGCAAACGCCUUGCAGAUAUCCUUGUGUCACUUUUUCUUCAACAUCUUUGGGAUCCUCCUCUGGUACCCCAUCCCCUUCACGCGUGUGCCCAUCCGCCUAGCCAAGGCCCUGGGCAACUACACGGCCGAGUACCGCUGGUUCGCCGCCGUCUACCUGGUGCUGUGCUUCUUUCUCAUCCCGGUCACCGUGCUGGGCCUCUCCAUCGCUGGCUGGCAGGUCCUGGUUGGCGUGGGCGUGCCCAUCGUCGCACUGAUCAUCUGUGUGGUCAUCAUCAACGCCAUGCAGUCGCGCUGCCCGCAAUACCUACCAGGGGCGCUGCGCACCUGGGACUUCCUGCCACUCCCGCUGCACUCGCUGGCGCCGUGGGAUCGCGUGGUCACGUCCGCCAUGGCCUUCUGCGGGGCGCGCUGCUGCUGCAAGUGCUGCCGUAAAGGGGAGGGCGAGGAUGAGGAGAAGUGUAGCCAGAGGGACAGAAAGAGCCUGGAGAUGUACGACAACCCGGCGCUCUCCAAUGACGAAGAGCCCACUCAGACACAUUUUUAACAGCCUUGUGUGUGAUUGCUGCUGCUUCUCUCUGUCUCUCUAAUAGGACUGAUCCUACUGUGUAAACCAGGGGUGUAAAUGUACAGGGGCCUGGCAGGAGGAAAAGGAUAUUUGAUAUUUGGAGGUGCAUCAGAAAGGCGUUCAUUCUAUUUAUUACUGUAACAGAUCAAUGCAUAUUGGAAAGGAUCAUAUUUUUUCCUCUUUUUAGUACUAUAGAUGAAUAUGUUUAUUUUGAAUAGUAAUAUUUGUAUUUCAAUCAUUACUUAAUAAUAUUAGUAGUGUCAAUGAUGUAAAAAUGGGAUUUAAUUUGUUAUCUUCCCUGUCUAGUGUAUACUAAUAUGUUAAGCCUAACCAUGAAAAUAUUUGUACUUUUACAUUUUUGGAUAAACAAACAAAUCUACUGUUCUGAGAGUGCGUUAAGUAGUGGUUCUGUGUUUUGUAAUUUUAGUAAGUUAUUAUUAUUUGCAAGUGUAAUGUAUGGAUGUGUGGCUGAACAAACUCAUCAGGGUCUGAGACCAUAGGAAUGAAGAAAACGCAAAUGUAAAUAGAGCUGUAAUUAUUGUUUAUAUGAACUCUGUCUGGUGAUUGCUGCCAAUAAAGAAAAUACAAGUCUAAAA